UCCCAUCACAACAACUCCAACAGUAAUGAAACUUGCAUACUUUCACUUCUUCAACACAUGGAGACACUUCACAGGGAUAAAAAUCCACCUGGAAAAAUAAUUCUUCAGGGAGAGACGCUCCAUGGAUUAUAUGCUGGAUGUCCAGAGGUUAUAAACACUGGACUUUUAUUGCACCUUUCCUUUUUUGGGCUAGCUAUUAAUGCUAGUUAGCCUUCGACUUAUAACACAAAUUAUAUCCAAGAUAUCUUCAUUAUUUUAUCGAUGUGGAUCAAUAACAGACUCGAGACGCCAGUGUCGCAAUGUAAACUUCAUAUAAUUGCAUUUGACAGCGUUUCGUCUAUGAAUUAUUUAUGAAGUUAAAUAUUAGCUCACGCUAACUGAAAAUAACGGGAGUUUCAUUUGUUUGGAUGUUUGGGCAUUAUGAUUUUUGGAAAUACACGGUGUUAAACAUGUUUAAUUCGGGGUUUAUGGGUGGUUUGAGGAACUCUUUGUUCGGGAGAGGAAGAGGAAAAUGAGGAAGAGGAAGAUGAUGGUGACGAAGAUCAGCUCAACAGGGAACUGCUGACCUUAAAACAAACACAUUCAGAAACAAGGCAAAAAACAAAAACAUGCCUAGAAGAAAACAGUCGAACCCACAGCCUGUCAAAUUGGGAGCUGAAGAUGGGCCGGCAGUCGGCAAUCAGGAAAACCUGGUCCUGGAGAGUGACUUCCUCCUCGGACAGGAGCUGGGCUUUGGAGAGAACGACUACAGGAUCGUGGGUUUUGAGAGGGACUCGGACUCGGUCACAGCUGACAUGGGAAUGCCGGUGUACGGCUUCAGCGAUGAGGACUGUUCCAGCUACAACCGUCUCGGCAUGGAGAGCGACUUCGAGGACCCUCGAGACACGGAGAGCGAGCGGGAGGAGAUGGGACCAGACGCUGCGUUCGCUCCGUACCUCUCGUGCAGACAGUGCGGUCAACUGCUGGGCGACCCCUUGAGCGGCGCGCUGGACCUCGCCGGCCUCUACUGCCUACAGUGUGGAGCCGAGGGUGGAGACGCAGACCGACAGGACCGUCCGCUAGAGGAGGCCCACCCCACAGACACCACACAGGGGAAGACAAACCGAGGUAGAUCCACGUCUGAUGGAAGCUCUAGUAAAACGUACUCCUGCAAACUGUGCACUUUCAGCUCGCGUUACUCCAAUCACUUGAAGCGGCACAUGAAAACACACAACGGCGAGAAGCCGUACCGCUGCCAGCAGUGCACAUACGCCUCCGCUCAGCUGGUCAACCUGCAGCGGCAUGAGCGCACGCACACCGGCGAGAAACCGUACAAAUGUGAGUUCUGCACAUUCGCCUGCAACUCUCUGGGAAACCUGAAGAGGCACCGGCGCAUGCACACGCAGGAGAAAGACCUCAACUGCAGCCAGUGCGACUUCUGCACCAACAACAGCCACUCCUUAAAGAAACACAUGAUGAGCCACAAGAAGGACACAUCGACUUCCUUAACGGAAGAGUCUGUGGUGUCUGACCUGACUCUGCACAUCAGCAGCGACCCCGACUUCCUCCAAAGCUACGACACCCUACAAACGGACCGCCAUCCUCCCGCCCUGCUGCACGCCGAGGGUUUGGCCAAAGAGUCGGACCCUCUUCCCGAGCUGCUAUUCCCCUUCACGUGCCGUGUGUGCGGCGCGGUGCUGGAGGACGAGGAGGGUGCCACGGAGCAGAUCUGCAGCAAAUGCACACUAGACAUGUUGUCCAAAAGCUCCCCGAGCAGCCCGGAGAAAGGCGACAAGCUGUACUCAUGCACAUCAUGUCCAUUCGUCACUCAGUACCCCAAUCAUCUCGCCCGCCACAUGAAGACUCACAGCGGCGAGAAGCCCUACAAGUGCCCACAGUGCAAUUACGCCUCCGCCCACUUCGACAACCUCAAGCGGCACCAUCGCGUGCACACGGGCGAGAAGCCCUACAAGUGCCGCGUGUGCGACUACGCUUGCGGCAACCUGGCGAAUCUCAAGCGGCACGAGCGCAUCCACUCGGGCUCCAAGCCCUUCCAGUGCAGCGUGUGCAGCUACAGCUGUAACCAGAGCAUGAACCUGAAGCGCCACAUGCUGCGGCACACCGGCGAGAAGCCCUUCAAGUGCCAGGAGUGCGGCUACACCACGGGCCACUGGGACAAUUACAAACGCCACCAGAAGAAGCACGGCCUCUCCGCCGAAAGCUGGCUCAAGAUGCAGCUGCCGGAGAAAGAGGAAGAGGACGAGGAAGGAGAAAUGUAGUGGAAGCUCUCUAUGAUGUCUAACUCGAGUUGCCUUAUUAUUAUUUUCAUCAUCGACAGAGGAAUCCAUACUGUACAGUGUGUCGCGACAGGGCCGGUGUGCUGUGUUUUUUUUUUUUUUUGCCUGUUUUUUCUUCACUCGAUUGGAUUUUGUAAUUUGGCUAACCGUUUACAGCAGAUGAUUUCAAUUCGAGAAUCACAGGUUUUUAAGUUAUGAUUAAUGUCUUGAACUGAAAGAGAGAAAAAUGUAUGCACCACUGGGUGAAUCUCGCAAAAAAUGGCCAGGCUAUAUAUAUUAUUUCACCAAAAAAAAUUUAUUUAUUUAUGUUUAUUUGGACCAUUUUUUGCAUUGUAAAUAUAUACAAUAUUUUUUUUAUUACUUUUUUUUUUUUUUUUUUUUUAGAAAUGUUUCAUAUGACAUUAACAGAAUUUUCUUAUCUGUUUUCUUUUUCAUUUUUUUAUUUUUCAAAAAAAUAAAUCACCCCAAAAAAGGAACAGCUAAUCUCAGCAAAAAUACAUAUUUUGUAUCUAAAACAUUUUUAAAUUAAUUUGUAAAAUGUUAUUUUUGUAGUUACUGUAUUACUGUAAAAUAAAUAUUUUUUAUUUAAAUCAGCAUCAAUUUAAAGGGAGCACAAAAAAUACAAUUUUUUAUUUUUUUUUGUAAACAAUGCAAAAAAAAAACUUAUAACCUCUUCAUGUAUUUGAUUAGUUUUUUUUUUUUUGAGGUGAAUUAUGUUCCUGACGUGUUUUGUGAGAUUCCCCUCUCUGCUGUCAUGGAUUCUCAUUGAAUUGCUGAAUGAGAGAACUGCAGUAACACCGGCCCUGUUCCAGGUCGAUGCAGCAGCUCUAGUUGUGUUUUACUCUGUUUCGUGAGGGAUUUGAUGACACUGAAGACGUCUAGCUGCUACUGUAUGUUCACUUAUGCACAAUGACAGUGAUGUUGCCUUGUCUCGGGGAGGUGCUGCUCCUCCUUCCUUCAUUUACUGUAUCUGAAUUUCCUUGUGCCACUGCAAAAUGCUGCACUGAUCGGGGUCCUGUCCAUCCCCAGUACACUUGAGGUCUAUCCAGGGCAUUAGAGGGACACGUAUGAGUGAGUCUCACGAAAACCGUUCAGAAAUGCUAGCAUUAUGCUUACCCCACAAAAUGAUUAUUAAAUAAGAGAUGUUUUGCAUGAAGAAUAUGACGGUGAUUUUUACAUAUUUUUUGCAUUGCGGCUUUAUUGCGCAUCUAUAUAAUUAAAUUUCUGUAAUGCUAAAAAGUGGAAAAAAGUCAAUUGUUCAGUUUUUGUGGAAGUAUACCGUAUGUUGUACUAUCCAUUUGUUUUCUUUACUAUAUUAAAGUAAAACAUUUUUUUAUUUUGCAUUAUGACGUAAAUCACAUUGAUUGCCUUGAAAAUGUCACAAUGCAAAAAAAGUUGUAAUGGUCCUAAAAUAGGCCUAAUUUUCUAUAUGCAUCUGUUUUUCUUUUAUUUUUGGUGUAAAAAUGACCCAGAUAUGUUUUCAUGAGAUUCACAAUUGUGUGCGUGUGUGUGUGUGUGUGUGUGUGUUUUGUUGGACUUUAAAAUAUUUCCUUCAGUUUUAUUUUGAUUAAAGUGUGAUGCCUACUGUGAAAUUUUCUCUUAGGAAAACUAAUCAUGAAAACGUGUGAACAUUUCAUUUUCUCACACAUUUAGUGGGAAAGAUCCUGUUUUGCGUCCUCACCCCCACUUUAGUUGUGCAGUUCAUGAGGAAGAAAGUGAGGACCACAUGCUCAUAUUCUCUUUAUAAUGAACAGAUCACAUUCAAAACAAACAUUUAAACCUUUUGUACACAAGUCACUUUGAUGCGUAUUGGAUAUUAAAUGAAUAUUUCACUUAAAAUAAACAUUGACUGAAGAGUUACUCGUCCUCAGGUCAUCCCAGAUGUAAUGAGUUUGUUUCUUCAUCAGAUUUGGAGAAAUCUACCAUUAAUCUGCAGUGAAUGGGUGCCGUCAGAAUGAGAGUCCAAACAGCUGAUAAAAACAUCACAAUAAUCCACAGCACUCCAGUCCAUUAUUUAGCAUAUUGUGAAGCCAAAAGCUACAUGUUUGUAAGAAACAAAUCCACCAAGACGUUUUGACUUCAAACUCGUUUCGGUUUAAAUGAUCAAGUCCUCUAUUCAUAAUAAUGCUUUCUCCAGUGAAAAAGUUGUGUCACCUGAAUCAGGAGAGAAAUCUGCAUAGAUGAAAAUCCGUUUACAAACCAAAAGCCGGUCUAAACAAAUACGUUAGUGGAUUUUGAUGUGACAGGACAAAUGCAUGGCAACACAUUCUCACUCCCAACUCAACACACAUUGACUCUUGGUCAGGACCCUGUCGCUUUUUGACGUUUGGGCUCCUCGGUUACUUUAAUUAAGAAACCUAUGGUGUCAGUAUGCAGAUGCGAAAGGCAUUGGGAAUUUUACACUGUGUCUACCUGUCUAUAUCUUUUUGAGCAUGUUACACUGAUGUGCUGUCAGUUUACAAAUUCAAAAGUUUCCGCUAGAAGGAGUGUUACAUCACCUUUGGUUGUGAAAUGCCAUUGGCUCUUGUGACCGAUUGCGUCAUGAUAACGUUCAGGAGUAUAUUUUUGAAUACGAUUUUUCAGCGAUUAAAACCUUAUGGUUUACUUCAUAUAAAGAUAUUCGUAUAAAGAUAUCGCACGGCUUCAGAAGACUUGGAAUGCAAUGCCACUUGUUUUUGAUACUUUUAUACUGCUUUUUUUUGUUCAGAAGUGGAUGGGGCUGGGGUAAGGUGCUCCAGUAAAGAAUGUCUAUGAAAAUAUAAAUUUAAAUAAAAUGCAUCUUGAUCUGACGCAAUAAGGGAAACAACUGAAAGUCACUUUGAUGAGUAUUGGAUACUAAAAGAAUAGUUCUCCUAAAAUCAACAUUUUCUGAAGAGUUUCUGGAGAGGUUUUAUCAGCUGUUUGGACUCUCAUUCUGACGGCACCCAUUCACUGCAGAGCAUCCAUUGGUGAGCAAGUGAUGCAAUGCUACGUUUCUCCAAAUCUGAUGAAGAAACAAACUCCUCUACAUCUUGGAUGGCCUGUGGGAAAAUAAACUUUCAGCAAAUCUUGUUUUUCGACUGAAAUAUUGUUUUAUAGGUCCUCCACUUUCGUCUGUUUCCACUCUGUUACAGAACUGACACAGUCACUCUGAAAUACACCGCAAGAGUUCAGUGCAAUCAGGGAAUGAAUGAAUGCAUUAGAUGCACAACACUGAAUCCAAUGAUAUUUGGCUUGCCAUAUGGUGUAAUAUGAUUAUUUAUGUACUGUAUUUUUGUGGGUUUCUUUAGCUCUCUGAUAUUUGUACACAAAUUGUAGAUCUGAAGAAGUGGCCUUUGGUUUCAUAAUAAAGAUGUUUUUAAACUUGUAUCAAAGCAGCUACAUUGAGACAUUUGUAACAGAUGAAACGAUUGGAAUUCAGAAGAAUAAAUAUUCUAUACAGCAUUUAAUUACAGUGCGUGAAUUUCUUUAGACAAGCAGCUCUAAGAAUGCUGAUAUAUGUUUGUUUCAGUCAACCUAGAAUUCUGCUUUACCUUGUUUUCUGGUUUCCAUUUGUGAGAAAAACGUCUCCAGGAUUGCUUGUCAUAUUGUGCCAGUUACACAAUUAUAUAAUUUGCUAUCUGAGGCUAAAUUAAUUUCAUCAUAUGUUAAGACUUCAUUAUUCUUCCAAAAUAAUAAAUCAGCACUUUUACAGUUAACAUUAUAAUCUAAAGGUUGCUAUAUUCAAUAUAUAUAGUAAUAGUAAUAAAGUAUUUGAAAGCACUGUAUUUUUAAUGUAAAUUAAAUAAUGCCUUUUAAAUAAAUGUUAGUUAUAGAUACGGUAUGGCAACUAAAAUUCACACAUAUACAGAAAUAAUAUAAAAGAGAAAAAAAAAUAUUUUAAUUCCUUAAUUUUUAAUCAAUAAAUGUGCAAUUGUCACAAUACAGCAAAGUGGAAACAGUACUGAGAUGAAGACAACAACGUUAGAAAACAUAAUUACAUAAAGAAAAAAGUUAACUGUUUUACCAUUUCUUUCCUGUAGAGAGCAGAACUGAGCUUUUCCAGAGAGAGACUUCACAGAAUAACAGACCAAUGCACAUAUUUUAUCAGUGAUAUUGAAUAUAUGAUGAAUAAUGCACAACAACAGGGUUUUGUAAAAAAA